AUGCCUCGGCAAAUAACAGAAAUCAAGGAGUUUUUGAUGACUGCUCGAAGGAAGGAUGCAAAAUCCGUGAAAAUUAAGAAGAAUUCGGACAAUGUGAAGUUUAAAGUACGAUGCAGCAAAUAUCUCUACACUCUCGUUAUCCAGGACAAGGAAAAAGCUGAAAAAUUGAAGCAGUCAUUGCCACCAGGUCUUCAAGUAAAAGAAUUGAAGUAA